UACCCUCUCUCUCUAUCUCUGUUUCUCUCUCUAACUGCAUUCUCCUCCUAAGACUUGUGCUUCAAUAUUAGUCAGCUUGAAUUGAAUUUCCCUUCAGCUGGGGUGGAACCAUCAAUCAAAAGAAUAUAAAGUGUCCCUUGUUUUUGUGGGUUUGUUUACAUGUACAUACAUAUAUAUACUAUGUGUAUAUUUAUGGUGAUGAUUUUGAAUUGGGGUGUUUGGUGGAGGUGGUAAUAAACCUGAUAGUGUGUUGUGUCUGUCGGCGCAAGGUCACUUUCUGUCGGCAUUGUCUGUAUCCACUAUCCAACGAUGAUACACUUCUGAGAGAGAGAAAGAAAGAGUAUUUUUAUUUUAUCAUAAUAAAAAUUAAUAAAAGUACACCGAGAUAGAGAGGUUUUACUUCUGGGUUUUCAUUGCUUACAGAGUGGCACUACCUUUCAGGAAGCAUAUUCAUACCAGUCCUUGACCUUGUCUUUGGAGCCAACUGAGACUUCAAGUGUUGCUCCUGAUCUGAAGGGGUUUUCUGAUUUUCAUGCCACCAAAACCCCACUUUCCAAAUUUGCAUCUUGUGUGAAAGCCUUGAAAAUCUUGGUUUGAUUGUCAGAUUUGUGUUGAGGGUGGACAAUUGGUUCAUAUGAGGGAAGCUGAAGGGGGUUUGUGGGUCAAUCUUGAUUUCCGUGAGUGGCAUUGGAAGCUCCUUCAAAGUGUCAUUGGUAAAUGAAGCUCAGGCUUUCUGAGAUCCUGCCUCAUUAUUUAUCUCGUGGUAUAGGCCUGGAGAUUUCACAAAAAGACUCCAGGUUUAAUGUAUAGUAAUAGUUCAUAUAAAUUUGAACAGCAUAAGUGAAGGGAUUCCCACACCAGAUGUCAAGUACUCUUGCAGCAAUAUUUGGAGGAGCUGCAGGAGCCGUGGCAUUGGUAGGGAUUGCUAUACUUAUAUGGUUUUGUUUGUCUCGCCAGAGGAAUGUUUCUAGAACUUCAGAGACAGGGUCCUCUGAUCCUUCACAAGUUGGAAGACACGGUGCAAUCGAGUUGCCUAUACGAGACACUAGACGUUUUGAGAUGGAAGAACUAUCUCUGGCAACAAAUAGUUUCAGUGACAAAAAUUUGAUUGGAGAAGGGAAAUUUGGAGAGGUUUACAAGGGUUUACUUCAAGAUGGGAUGCUUGUAGCCAUCAAAAAACGUCGUGGACUCGCCAGUCAGGAAUUUGUGGAUGAGGUACGCUAUCUCUCAUCCAUUCACCACCGGAAUCUCGUCACUCUUUUAGGCUACUGUCAGGAGAACAGUCUUCAGUUUCUUAUAUAUGAAUAUGUGCCUAAUGGAAGCGUCUCCAGUCACUUGUAUGGCGGUGGUCAACAAUCGCAACAGAAGCUAGAAUUCAAGCUUAGGCUUUCAAUAGCUCAAGGUGCAGCUAAAGGUUUGGCUCAUCUUCACUCUCUGAGUCCCCGUUUGGUGCAUAAGAAUUUCAAAACCGCUAAUGUUCUUGUGGAUGAAAACUUCAUUGCUAAGGUGGCAGAUGCUGGACUCCGCAACUUUCUGGGGAGAGUUGACACUGCAGGCUCCUCUUCUCAAGUGGCAACAGAUGAAAUAUUCCUUGCAUCAGAGGUGAGAGAGUUCAGACGAUUUUCUGAAAAGAGCGAUGUAUACAGCUUUGGAGUAUUCUUGCUGGAAUUGUUAAGCGGGAAAGAAGCAACAGCAUCACCAUUUCCAGACUCUAAUCAGAAUCUGGUUGAAUGGGUGUUAAGCAAUGAAGACCGUGGCAUGAUGUCUUAUGAUCGGAGAUUGGAGAGUAGUUUUACAGCUGAAGGAAUGGAAGAUUACAUCAUGCUGAUGAUCAGAUGCUUAGACCCUUCAAGUGAGAGAAGACCUGCCAUGAGCUAUGUGGAAACGGAACUUGAUAGGAUCCUAGAGAAGGAAAUGAAAUUGACAACAAUCAUGGGAGAAGGAACCCCAUAUGUGACUCUUGGAAGCACGUUAUUCAAAUCAACAACAUGAAACAAAAGGUUAAAAAUUGUUUCUUACUAUAUAUAUUAUUUGUGCAUUACUUCUUUGCUUUCCCUCAGUGCAUACCAGAAAAUAGGGUCAGUUGCUUCCUAAGUGUAUAAAGAGCACCUGUAUCUCCCUUUAUCCCUCUCUUCUUCUUUUCUUUUUCAUGGGCCAUUGAAAAGCUGUAUUCUUUACUUUCUUUUUCUUCUUCCCCAUUUUUUCCUUCAUAAAUGUAUGAAUUCUCUUGUAAACCAUUAUUUGUUGUUAAUAUGACACUGAAAUUUGGGUUGGUGUGGUAAACUAUUCAUCAUCUUUAUUUUGCACUUUCUUCUUUUUCCAGUCUCCACAUUUUCCCAUUUCAAAUAAUGGUUAAAAAUUGCAGUGGUAGUUAUAUUUAUGAUUGCGAUUUUUAACGUGGAAGGAAGAUUGCAGGCAAAUAAUGGUGAUAGGGUACUAAACACUUUCACGUUCUGCCCAAUAAGGAGACAAAGUCUUUUUUGUAAACCUUGUUAAAAAUUUGGUUUCACAUCACUACUGUCAUUCCUUACGUCACAUUAUAAUAUGGAAAUGGAAUUGUUACAAACAGGAUGA